AUGUCUCUAACACCCACAGGCUCGGAUUCCGCCCAAUCCGCUCCAGCCUCCCCAGAAACCACAAUGACCUCAACGCAAACCGACGACCCCGCAGUGGACAACUCCCUCGACGACAUCUUCGGCUCCUCCCCACCGCGCAGCGAAAGAGAGCUCGACACAGCCCGAGCAGCAGCCGCCUCGGCAUCCACCUCCGCCGAACCAUCCGACCUCCCUUCCCUGCGCCGCCAGCACGUCACAGCCGGGUAUCGCGACGGCACGGCCUCCUCAAAGGGCGCACACGUCCAAGAAGGCUUCGACGCCGGCUUCCCCGUCGGUGCGCAGAUGGGAAUGCGCGCGGGUACGGUCCUCGGUAUUAUGGAAGGUCUACUACGCGGAUUUGAAGAGCGGAGCGGACCCGGUGCUGUGAAGAAGCCCGUGCGGGGCAACCCCGCUACAUCUGGCUCCGGGGAUAUGGGCAAUACAGAUGAGAUUACGGAAUUGCGUCGGCAGAAGAGGGAGCAGCUGCGUACGCUCUACGAGACCGCCCUCAAUGAACUAGAUGUCCAGGCGGUCUUUGCGGAGGGCGGUGGCCCUGCGGAGGUUGCGGCCCCGGGCAAGGCGGAAGAAGAGCGGGCGGAGGUGCAGCUGGCGCGGCGGGGUGAUGUCAUUCUAUCUAAAUGGGAGAGACGGGUGGAUGUUCCAAAGUGGGAGGAGAAUAUGGAGGCCUUGGAGAUGAAGAAGGAUGAGAGUAAGGGUGAUGAGGGCACUGUGGAACGGAGCUGA